ACAUUUUGGUUUGAUUUGUUUGCGCCUCGACACUUUGACACGCUCAGUAAAUAUUACAAAUUAGGAAUUUGGAUAUUUAUUGGGUUUAUGUGUAAAAGAGGAUUACAUUGUUAGUUAUAAUUUCGUAUUGUUAAGUUAGUUUUAUUGUACAAAAUAAACAACGAUAAUGGCUGAUGUUUUGGAUAUUGAAAAUUCAGAGGAAUUUGAAGUUGACGAAGAUGGAGAACAGGGAAUCGCUCGUCUGAAGGAAAAGGCGCGAAAACGUAAAGGCCGUGGUUUUGGAUCUGAAGGUGGCGGACAAGCAGAGAGAGGCAAUAGGGGAAGAUAUGACAGUUUAGCUCCAGAGGGCGAUGGUAACACACCGGGGCCACAGAGAUCAGUGGAAGGUUGGAUUUUGUUUGUCAGCAAUGUGCACGAAGAAGCGCAGGAGGAAGAUAUACAGAAUCAAUUCUCAGAAUUUGGCGAGAUUAAAAACAUACACUUAAAUCUGGAUCGCCGUACGGGUUUCCUCAAGGGAUAUGCUCUAGUUGAAUAUGAAACAUAUAAGCAAGCUGCUAGUGCACGCGAAGCCCUAGACGGGGCAGAUAUCCUGGGACAAUCUAUUUCAGUGGACUGGUGCUUCGUCAAAGGCCCCACAAAGGGGCACAAGAAGCGACGAUAGUUCUAGUCUCGUAACAGUAUAUUUAUAUUUCAAGAGUUCAUCUUUUAUAUUUAAAAUAAAAUUUUUGACCAUC